AUGACACGAGUGUCAAUGUUCUGCGUCAUCAUCAUGACUUGUGUUCUCCUCCCACAUAUUGUCGAAAUGGAGCCUCUCAAGAAACCUGGGGAACUCCCUCCAUACGCUGACGAGGAAGUGCCUGUAAAAUCCCCGAAAGAAGUCAAAGUUGCUGAGAAGCCCGAUUUGAAAACGGACGCCACGGGAGAGAAGGAUGCGAAGAAGGCUGUAGACGAGAAGGUUGUGGAGAAAGUGAAAGCGGAUAAAGAAGUGAAGAAGGCUGCAGAAGAAAAGGCUGUGGAGAAAGUGAAAGCGGAGAAGGCUGUGGAGAGCGUGAAGGAAGAGAAGGAUGUUAAGAAGGCUACAGAAAAGAAGGAAGCUAAGAAAGUGAAAUCAGAAAAAGAUGUGAAGAAGGCGAAAUCGAAGAAGGAUAAGAAGUCAAAGAAGGGUAAGAAGGACGAUUGUGAUGAUGAUGAUGACGAGGAUGAUGAUGACAAAGACGAUGAUGAUGAUGACAAGGAUGACAAGAAGAAGAAGAGGAGGAAGGAGAAGAAGAAAGCUGAAGCUGAAAAGGGCAAAAAAGACGCUAAAACAGUAAAGGGCAAGAAGGACGGUAAAUCUGAAAAGGCCAAAAAGGACGCUAAAUCUGAAACACUCAAGAAAGACGAUAAAACUGAAAAAGAAAACAAGGAUGCCAUAGCUGCAAAGACUGUGACGGAGGCCAAGAAAGAGACAGAUACAAAGGUCUCUAAUACUGAGAAGGAUACUAAGAAGGUGUAAGCACG